AUGGCCGCCACCGCCACCGCCUCCUCCCUAGUCUGCCUGACAUCAAAGACGGCAACAACGGCGGCCAGAAUUUUCUCUCGUUUGGAUAGUGUCGAGGAGGUGCAACGCGGUCGCAGUGGCAGCGCUGUGGGAAUAACGCCGCCGGGCGGACCAGGUGUGGCAGGUGCGGCAGGAGGAGCGGCCGGCGGAGCAGGAUCAGGAGCGGUGGCAGCGACAGCGGUGGCAGCGGGUUCACCGGCCAGAAGUGGCCACCAGCAGCAGCAAUUCGGAGUGGCGGCCAUCAGGCAGCGUAGCGCCAGCACAGUGCUUGACAUCGGCUUGCAGCAGCGCAAGGUAUCCGUUGGCAGCGGAGUGGGAGUGGUAGGAGGAGUGGGAGCAGCAGCAGGACCAGGAGCGGGACCGCCAUCGCCAGGCAUUCUCCAUAAGCGCACCGGAUUCAAUGGCUUCGGUGGCUACGAGGCCCCAGUGAUUCCCAACCGACAGGAUAUACUUAAUGGCCCGGGUGUUGGAGUGGGCGGUACAGCCUCCAGCGUGGGAUUAGCAGCAGCUCAUCGCCAUCAUCAUCCACAUCGUCAGUAUCUGGAGCGGCAGCAGCAGCAUCAGCGUCAGCAGGAGGAUCAGCAGCGACAGGAGCUACCCUCGGGGAGACAGCAGGUGGAUCGGCACCCAGCAUCGGUGGCAGCGCAACUGCGAACGCACCACUGCCCGUGCCGGGGCCAAAGCGACAGGGCAGCUUCUCGAAUGUCUUCUCCAAGCUAA